AUGAUGAGACUCGCGCGCCCAGUAGUAUACUUUGCGCUAUCGUUUCUCCCAACUGCUUUCGCAGAUAUCGAGUUUAUCGAACCAGCAGCCGGUGCGGUCAUCAGAGCUGGGGAUGUGGUUACUGCUCACUGGAGGGACUCUGGCGCAUUACCUCGACUUGCUUCCCUCGUACAGUAUGACCUCUAUCUCUGUGCAGGCGGAGACACAGCAGGAUCCAAUGUGCGUGCUCUACCAAUGUUCUCGCCCCUGGUUCAAACCCUACUAAUACCCAGAUCUUCGAUACAGGAGGAUGUAGCUCUCCUCGUCAAAGACGCGCUCUUUACCAGGGGCAAUUCAGUCUCAUUCAAUAUUGAUCCCGAGGUUGGCGGCAAUGAUGCGAACGCAUACUUUCUUAGGGUUGCCGCUUCUGGUCCUGAAACCUCUGUUGUCAACUACUCGGAUCGCUUCACCCUCACGAACAUGACUGGCUCAUUCUCACCGACUGUCCUAAAUGGACUUCAUUCGGCCAUGCACCCUACAGACUCCUUCCCUUCGAGCCUUGAGGAUGACAAUCACGAAGAACUACGAAAGAGACAGGUGGCUGGGCCCUUCACGAUUCCCUAUCAGUUGCAGACUGGACCUACAAGAUACGCACCCAUGGCUAAGAAGCCUGGAAGUACAAUUCCGCCGGGAACACCAACACCCCAAUAUCCAACGAGCGCGUAUUCCGUUGCUACAACUUAUCUACCUCAGGCUACCGUUCAGAUGACACUGUCCGCCUCAGAAACAUACUCCGUCGUUAGCAUUGAAAAUACAGCUUCUCCUGCACCACAUGCUGGAGAUACUAAAAUGAAGCGGUUUUUGGAAAGAUGGAAAGAUUGA